CGAAAAAUGCCUCUAACUGCCAGUGCCAUGGACUUUUUUCAGCUCUUUGUCCCUGACAACGUACUCAAGAAUAUGGUGGUCCAAACCAACAUGUAUGCUAAGAAGUACCAGGAGAGGUUCGGUAGUGAUGAAGCCUGGAUUGACGUCACCUUGUCAGAAAUGAAGGCCUUCUUAGGCUACAUGAUAUCAACCAGCAUCCACCACUGUGAGUCUGUUCUCAGCAUCUGGAGCAGCGGCUUCUACAGCAACAAGAGCAUUGCACUUAUCAUGACACAAUCACGGUUUGAGAAGAUCCUGAAGUACUUCCAUAUUGUGGCCUUCCGCUCGAGCCAGACAACACACGGUCUCUACAAAAUCCAGCCUUUUCUGGACUCUCUACAGAAUGGCUUUGACUCCGCUUUUAGACCUUCACAAGCCCAGGUACUACAUGAGCCCCUGAUUGAUGAGGAUCCUGUUUUCAUUGCCACAUGCACAGAGAGGGAGCUGCGCAAGAGGAAAAAGAGGAAAUUCAGUCUCUGGGUUCGGCAGUGCUCAUCCACUGGUUUCAUCUGCCAGGUGGGUUUUACCUUUUCAGAUGUCUUGAUUCAGUUCCAGCAGGCCCUUAAAUGCAUUGCAGGACCAAAG